UUCAGUGAAAUGAACUGUUAUUACUAAUUUCAUAAUAAAUCAAGAAAGAAUAAAAGUUUUAACAAACCAUGGAAGUUUAAGUUACUUUUGUAGCACCUAAGUCAUAAGUAUCAGUUUUUAUUUUUAGUAAAAAUGUGUAAUGUAGAACAAAUAGCAGAUUGUGGUGAUAUUUCUAGUUUAGGUAGAACAUUAUUCAUUUCUGAUAGAGAUGAUUCCACAUGGAUCACCAGCUGCUUUACAUCGUUAUCAUCUUGUGGGAAUUUUCUGGCUGUGGGUUAUAAAAACCGACUAUGUUUUAUGAAUACACAAUGGAUUAGUUCAACGGAUACCAAUUCUUUCAUAAUAUCAUGGAGUGGAACACUUCCAUCGGAAAUAAAAACUCUCCUUUGUCUAUCACUAUGCCCUACUCAUCAAUCAUCACAGAGUGGUCCAGAUUGGUUUUGUGUGAUAGUUGGAUUUAUAAAUGGAUGUGUUGGAUUCUAUUCAAAUACUGGGCAUCUCUUAAUGAUGGAAAAACUUGAUGAAAAACCAGUUUUAAAAAUAUCAUGUCAUACUGGAACAUAUGGAACAAUGCCUGAUGAUAUUCACAUUUUAUUUACUCAUUGCAUUUAUAUAAUAUCUGGGGCAAGCUUAUUUCAAACCUUAAGGAUGGCUAAAGCACAACUUGCUAAAGUCCAUGCAGGUGUUCAAGAAGAUUAUGCAGUUGAUAACAAGAGUAUUAAAAUUCGGAAAUGGAUAUUUUCUGGCCAAGAUUGCAUAAAUGAUGCCGCAGUUGUUGGUCUCGAUCUAAAGAACACAUAUGACCACUUAUUAGCUGCUUCAGUCUAUGGCGGAUAUGAAGUUUGGUAUCGUUCAGUGCCUCCAGUGAACUCAUUGAUAGUUGCUGCUGGUGAGGCACCAUAUGUUGGUUUUCAUUACGCUGUUGAAGGAGGAACUGCCCCACCAUUGCAAGAUGUUGCUAGAGCUGUCGCAAACAAAAUAAAAUCUGCACUACCAGGCUGGCUUGGUGGAUCCACGGAGACAGCAGCUACCAACACUGAACCACUUAUACGUGCCGAGGCUCUGAUGAUGCGUAAUGGACUGUAUGAUUCCCAACGAAAUGGAAAUUCAGUUGUUAUUUCACUUGAUAGAAGACUAGCUGCUAUCACAGAUAAUCUAGGGCGAGUUGCCGUCCUAGAUAUUAAUAAAGGAUAUCUAAUAAGAUUGUUUAAAGGAUGUAGGGAUGCGCAAUGUUCUUUUAUACAACUCUUUGAUUCUGAUGCCAAAAAACCCCAGCUAUCAGUUGUAAAAGACAUCAAAAGAGCAGUGUUUUUAGUAAUUUAUAAUCCUAAGAAAGGACUUGUAGAUAUAAGAUUAAUGCAAAGAGGCAAUAGAGUUGCAGUAUUUACAGCAACAAAAAAUGGUAAACUCAUAUACAAUACAUGUGGUUUAGUAGGUGCGCAUAAAAGUUAUACUCAUAAAAAACUUAAUCUGCCCGAGUUUCAGUGUGUGCUUUUAGAUCCAGAUGGGAAAAUAAAAAAAUUCAAUAUUCCAUUUUACUAUUCCCUCGAGGGUGAACAUUUGGACAGAUCUAAGGAUUUACAUAUUUUACGAGGAAUGCGUGAAAUUUUGAAAAGAUUAAGUAAUGACGAUGAAGUAAUGGAAGAAAUCAUUCAGAGUGUUUCAAAGUUGAAGACAGUAGAAAUAAAGAGGCACUGCUUAGAGAUUUUAAUCAAGCAUUUCAAUUCAUUUAAUAAAGUCGUAAUGAAUUGCAUAGACAUUAUUUGGGAUAGUGUAUUCUCUGAGAACUCAAUCGAUGAAAAAAAUAAAGAAUAUGUUAUUAAUUUGGUUCUUACAAGUUUAUUUUACCGGUAUAUAAAAGGAGAAGAUAACACAGAGGACAUUGAAAGAUUAGUCGAUAAAAUUAGAAUUCAUUAUGAUGUUUCUUAUAACGAUGAUCUGGAUAUAACCGAAAGAAGUAUAACAGAUGGUGAAAUCAUUGAAUUUCAUCUUUUGGAAGACGAUAGUUGUGUGUUAGAAAGGUUACUCAUGUUAGCCCAAGAAAAGGAUUACAAAGAAUAUCAGCACGCAAGAGUAACAUUUGCUGAUAGUCGAAGUAAUGAGUACCAAGAAUUCAUUUCCUGUUUUGUUUUAGAUAAAACAAGCAAAUGUAUUUCUCUUAAAACAAAUAUAUCCGAAGAAAAAUUAUUUAAUGUAGCAUCUAACAUAUUUGCAUCAAUUAUGCAGCUAAAUUAUGUAAACAAACUGUCGUAUUUUCUUAAAAAGAGCUUAAUUAAUUCUAAGGAUAUCAUAAAACUUGUUCUUUUACAUGUGAUGAACAUGCCGUUAGAAGAAAUUAACAUUGACCUUAUCGAAAAUGUAAUUAAAAUAUUGUAUUACAUUUGUCAAUCUAAUACUGAAGCAAAGAAUAUAACGUACAAUGAAAUAUCUCCAUGGUGGGAAAGUAUCAGGGUAAUGAUUAUCGAUAUGCCGUGUCCCUUAAGAAGUAUGAUCAUAGCGAUGGUUUGUAAAGCGGUAGUUAAAAUAAUUGAAUCUGAGGGAUCGGAUGGUACUUGGGAGUCGGUUACAGCUGAAAAUGCGAAAUGGCAAAUAUUGAUUGGUAAACUUGAAGAUAUUUCUAUAUUAAGUAUAAUAUUAAUAUUCAAAGAAUCUUACAACGGUAAGGCCAUGCCAAAAGUGCAACUUGAUGAUAUUAAAAUAAAUUUUAAAUUUAUUUACACAAGAGGAAAAGGCUCUGUUACUGAAUUGAUAGCAAAAUGGUUGUGUAAUAUGGGGACGCCGCCUGAAGCAAUUAUUGCUAAUGAGUUAAUGAAUACUUUUGACAUGUCGAGCACUGCUAUUGCCAAUACUAACGAUGACUUUAAAGAAAGUGAUGAUCCAGCUUCAUACGUCUUAAUGGAAAAUAAUCGGCAAUGUAUUGAUGACAAUCCUAAAAUAUUUAAAUGGUUGUCCCUUCUUAGGCGACAAUUUCCAUUGAGUACAAAGACUGAUUACAUAAUUGCUAAUAUGUGUUGGGAAUAUGCAGUCGCGUGGCAAAAGAAUGUAAAAAAUACUGAAAUACUAUCCGCUUUGAUCCAGUGUCUUGUAAGCAUAUCCAAUACACACUUACAAUUGGGCUUGUUUUCCAUUAUAUGGUCGACAUAUUUAAAACAAAUAUUUGAAAUAAAUUGUCGUUUGAUAAACAAGAUAGGCAAACUGCCAAAGGAUCAAUUUUGUGAGCAAGAAGUGGGGUUUAACUGCGACGCCCUAUUACUGUUUUUUGAAAAUUCAACAAAAUUUUUAGCGGAAUUUUACAAAUGUUUAAUCAAUUCCCGCAUACAGGAAAAAGAAGUGAUUGAAUUCGAAAAAAUCUGGGACGAAAGUCUACCGUCAUUGGUUGAGGUUGCUCAGGAAUCUGUGAAUGUUAAUAGUGAAAUUCUAAAGCUAAAUCAUCAAAUAUCGUGUACAAUAUAUUAUCAGUGUUACUUUAACGUUAAGUUUUCCAAACCCUUAGAUACAUUGUAUGAUAUUGACUACCAGUACAUAUUUGACUCCUUAGUGGGAAGUGCGCACAGAGAGCUAAAUCUUCAACCAUCAGAGAAAUUGACAGUUCCUCGGAAGAAGUAUUUAACCAAGCUUAUACGAGCGGCAAUAGAAACAAUAAGCUGCGUCAAUACUCAAGGUGAAAAUAUAGUAUACAAUGAUGAUGAAUGCCUCAAUUGGAUUGAUAAUGUAUCAUGCUUAGCCGAAUGUUGGAAUAUCGAUGUCAACUUCGUCAGAAGGCAACAUGUUAUUGGUUUGUAUCACUUAGGGUACGACGCGCUGGUGGAAAACAAAUUGGGAUUAAUAUUGGAUCCAUCCGAUUUGUUGUCGCCAUUAGUUGCCAUUACAAUACAAAGAUUAAAGAGGGAUCUUGAAAACACACCAAACCCAUCAGAGUGGAUCGUUUCGGUACCUCCGCAAAUUUACAAACGACUUCAGACGACGGCACUUGAUUCAUCAAUACCGUCCAGUCCUUCGCUGAUCUCAACUCUAUCAGUGUUACAAAAAUUAUUGGCUCUAAUUGAUAAAAAAACAACUGAAGGCUCAUGCGAUCCGCAGGAAUUAAAACUUGCAUCUGUUAUUGUGGAGUGCUGUGAAAUAUUAGUUAGAAGGAAAUUGUAAUAAUUAUGCAUAAUACUAUCUUUGUACAAAUAAUAAGAUUUAAAUACUUACAUAUUUAUUGGCAUAAUAAUAUGAACCAUAUAUAAUGUUUAAUAGUCGAAUGUACCGGCAUAAAAGCAAAAAAAUAAAGUAUCCUUGACCGA